CGGAGGGCGGCGGCGGAGUCUGGGCCGGGCUGCUGAGGCGCCCGAGGACCGUGCGCCCGGGGCAGUCAUGGCAGAGGCUGCGCUGCAGCAGCUGUCGCUGCCCUCGGGGCUGCUGGAACUGUGCGCGCUGCUGGGAGCCUCCCGGGACAGCCUCCGAGGCCUGGAGCAGGUUGCCCAGAAAAAAGGACUCAAAAAUCUUUCUUCUCUUGAUCCAGAGGUUCUGUCUGUUUUUGUGCCUCCUUUUGUCAGUAAAGAGGACAGUCAAGUGGCCGGCGCUAACUGUGCCACUCUGGGUAAAGGCCGGCGGCGCUCCUUCAGGAAGAAGAGGGACAGGCCCAAGCCGGAGCACUGGAGGGGGCUCCCGGAGGACCCCAAAGUGCUGGACUCCGAGGAGGUCAGCGUCCCGGGCGGUGUGGACCUCCUCGCCCUGCCCCAACUGUGCUUCCCAGGGGGCAUGUGCGUGGCCUCUGAGCCCAAGGAGGAUCGGGUCCACUUCCUGGUGCUGACCGACAUCUGUGGGAACAGAACCUAUGGCGUGGUUGCCCAGUUCUACCGGCCCCUGCACGACGAGUACUGUUUCUACAACGGAAAAACACACUGGGAGUCGUCCCGGCCGACCUCGAGCGCUACUGGCUGCUUUGUGCCCUUCGCAGUGUGUGUGGUCUCCAGAGUCCCCUAUUACAACUCCCUCAAGGACUGCCUCUCCUGUUUAUUGAUUCAUCUGAAGCUCUGUAAAGAUUUUGAAGUUGACAACCCUAUAAAAGAUUUUGCUGCAAAACUUUCUUUGAUACCCAGUCCACCACCUGGACCACUCCAUUUGAUCUUUAACAUGAAGCCUCUACAGAUCGUGUUUCCUUCACGUGCUGACCCCGAGAGCCCUGUCAUCGACCUGGACCUGCACCUACCUCUGCUGUGUUUCCGCCCUGAGAAGGUGCUACAGAUCCUGACGUGCAUCUUGACAGAACAGCGGAUCGUGUUCUUCUCCUCAGACUGGGCGCUGCUGACGCUGGUGGCCGAGUGCUUCGUGGUUUACCUGCACCCCCUGCAGUGGCAGCACACCUUCGUGCCCAUCCUGUCCGACCAGAUGCUGGAUUUUGUCAUGGCGCCCACGUCCUUCCUCAUGGGCUGCCAUCUCGAUCACUUCGAAGAAGUCAGCAAGGAAGGUGACGGCUUAGUUCUGAUAAACAUCGAUCAUGGCAGCAUCACCUACUCUAAGUCCUUGGACAAUGACAUUCCUGACAUCCCUCUGCUGGCCGCACAGACAUUCAUUCAGAGGGUCCAGGGCCUCCAACUCCACCAUGAGCUGCAGCUGGCUCACUGCAGCUCCAGCACGGACCUGAACGAGGGCCAAGCCCGCAGACGGGCCUGGCAGCAGCAGCUCAACUCCCAGAUCCAGCAGGCGACCCUGCAGCUGCUUGUCAGCAUCUUCAGGGAAGUGAAGAAUCAUUUAAAUUACGAACAUAGAGUAUUUAAUAGUGAAGAAUUUCUCAAAACAAGGGCUCCAGGGGACCAGCGGUUUUAUAGACAGGUGCUGGAUACCUACAUGUUUCAUUCUUUCCUUAAAGCCCGGCUCAGUAGGAGGAUGGAUGCCUUUGCUCAGAUGGACCUGGACACCCAGUCCGAAGAGGACAGAAUAAAUGGGACGCUUAUAAGUCCACGAAGACCGACUGUUGAGAAAAUAGCCUCGAGGAAGCCCUCGGCCUCGCACACCGGCUACCGGCGCAUGGUGGUCAGCAUGCCCAACCUGCAGGACAUAGCCACACCCGAGCUGGUGCCCAGGAACUCGUCACUGCGGCUGCUGGACACUGCGGGCUGCAGGGACAGCAGCACAGUUCUGCAUGAGGCCCCUAAGCCCACGUACACAUUCAAGAUUCCAGAAAUCCACUUCCCCUUGAUGGGCCAGUGUGUCCAGGUGUAUUAUGCUGACUUUGUGGAGCUGCUGACUAAGGCUAUGAGCCUUCUGGCCCCUGAGAACUCUCUGCUCCUGGCCAGAUACUCCUACCUGCGAGGACUUGUGUAUCUGAUGCAAGGACAGCUGCUGAAUGCCCUCUCGGAUUUCCAGAAUCUGUACAAAACAGAUAUACAGAUUUUUCCCGCUGACCUGGUUCGGAGGACGGUGGAGUCUUUGUCCGCUCCUGAGCGCACCCAGGCUGAGCGGAUGCCUGAGCUGAAGAGGCUCCUUAGCCAGGUCCUGGAUGGGCCGGGGGAGGCCCCAAAGACAGACGACCAUGUGAAGAACUUCGAGCUUCCCAGGAAGCACAUGCAGCUGGAGGACUUUGUGAGGAGGGUGCAAGAAUCGGGCAUCGUGAAGGACACCCACGUCAUACACCGGCUAUUUGAGGCACUGACUGUAGGGCAGCAGAAACAAAUUGACCCAGAGACAUUCAGAGAUUUCUACAACCGCUGGAAGGAGACAGAGGCCGAGGCCCAAGAGGUCAAUCUGCCUUGGCUGGUGAUGGAACAUCUGGAUAGAAAUGAGUGCGUUUAUAAGCUGUCGAGCUCCGUCAAGACAAGCCUCGGCGUCGGCAAAAUCGCCAUGACCCAGAAGCGCCUGUUCCUCCUGACAGAAGGGAGGCCAGGCUAUGUGGAGAUUUCCACCUUCAGAAAUAUAGAGGAAGUCAAAAGUACCACAGUCGCUUUUCUGCUUCGGAGAAUACCCACUCUGAAAAUUAAAAUGGUGUCCAAGAAAGAAGUCUUCGAAGCUAACCUUAAAUCAGAGUGUGACCUUUGGCACUUGAUGGUGAAGGAGAUGUGGGCAGGGAAGAAGCUGGCCGAUGACCACAAGGACCCUCAGUACAUCCAGCAAGCGGUGACCAACGUGCUGCUGAUGGAUGCUGUGGUCGGCACCCUGCACUCCCAAGGGGCUAUUUACGCUGCCUCCAAGUUAUCUUACUUCGACAAGUUGAAGCAUGAACUGCCCAUGGCAGUCCCAAAGACGACCUCAGAAACACUGAAGCACAAAAUCAAUCCUUCAGCUGGGGAAACAGCCCCGCAGGCCAUUGACGUCUUGCUGUACACGCCAGGGCACCUUGAUCCAGCAGAGAAAGUCGAAGAUGCUCGCCCCAAACUGUGGUGCGCCCUGGACAACGGCAGAGUGAUUGUGUACGACGCUUCCUCCUGGACGGUCCAUCAGCACUGCUUCAAAGUGGGCACUUCCAAACUGAACUGCAUGGCGAUGGUGGAGCAGAGCCAGGUGUGGAUGGGCUCAGAGGACUCUGUCAUCUACAUCAUCAACGUCCACAGCAUGUCGUGCAACAAGCAGCUCACGGAUCACCGCUCCAGCGUCACGGGCCUCCUGGUGCCCAGUACACAGACGGUGCCCAGGGAGGUUUAUUCAUGCAGCCUGGAUGGGACGGUGCUGGCAUGGAACGUGAGCACCCUGCGGGUGACCAGCCGAUUCCAGCUGCCGUGCGGAGGCCUCACGUCCAUCAGACUGCACAGUGGCCGCCUGUGGUGCUGUGCAGGUAACAGCAUCCUGGCUGUGACCACCAGUGGCUUUCUUCGUCAGGAGGUGAAGAUUGAGGAGAACCGUAAGGAGAUGACCUCACCUUUCCUGGCCUUCCAGCUCCUCCCCGAGCAGGAGCAGCUGUGGGCGGCCUGUGCAGGGCGCAGUGAGGUUUACAUUUGGAGUCUGAAGGACCUGGCCCAGGACCCCCAGAGGGUGCCCCUGCAAGACUGCUCUGAUGUCAGCUGCAUGAUCAGGGUGAAGAAGCAGAUCUGGGUGGGCAGCAGAGGGCUGUCUCAGGGGAAGCCCAAAGGGAAGAUCUAUGUGAUCGAUGCCGAGACGAGGUGUGUUGAGAAGGAGCUGGUGGCACACGCAGAUGCUGUGAGGACCCUGUGCUCUGCCGAGGACAGAUACGUGCUGAGCGGGUCAGGUGGGGAUGAGGGCAAGAUCGCCAUCUGGAAGGUCGAGUAGACAAGGUGAACAUGUUCUGUGAAUGAGGACCGUGGGCUUCUCGCCUGCUGUCUGGAGCUUCCCAGGGGCAGGUGCCCCGACGGAGUGAGAAGAGGUGAAGCACGUCCUGUGUCACAUGCCCUGCGUUCCCCAGGAGGUGAAGCACGCCCCGCGGAGCACAUCCCCUGCUUGGCUGUGAUGAGCAGCCACCACACACCCUCUCUCGGGAUAAUCCUGCUCUGUGGUCAGACUGCACCAAGAGAGGGACGCUGGGUUCCUCAGGGAAGAGCACUCCUCAUUUGCGAUGACCUCUGCUGAGAAGCUACCUCCUGUGCUGUCUACAAGGUUCCAGAACCCACAACCAGGGACCAGCAGUGCGGCUGAAUCACAUGUGACCUUCAUGCCUCCAGUCCUGUCCUUCCUGUAGCUCCUUAUUCACUCACCUGGUCCUUCCUAAUCACCAGGGAGACAGAGCCCUCUGGCCUCCCGCGGACACCUUGUCCCUGGAGUAUUUUACCAUUACCACUUUAUGGUCUGUCCCCUGUCAGAGCAGGUGACCCCCACCCAGGGAAGAUGACAAGGCUGUGGUCAGGUGUGUCCACACAGGGGUUAGGUCAGCACAGGAGAGCUCUGCCUGGGAUCUUUCUCCUUUUUUAGAGACAGGAUCUUGCUGUGCUGCCCAGGCUGGAUUCAAGCUCUGGGGCUUAAGCCUCCCCGCUCAGCCUCUUGAGCAGCUGGGACUACAGGCAUGUGCUACCAUACAUGGCUUCUUUUUAAUAUGAAAAUGUUUA